CCUAGGCUCGCCUGAUUCUGCUCGCUACAUUGCUGAUUAGCCCAUUGCUGUGGUGAGAGCGCAUCGUGCGGGGCUGCUGCAGCCCUCCUCUCGUGUGUGUGACUUCAGGCUACAUUGUAACCAGAGAAGUUGCAAGCAACAGUUUGAAACGCUAGCAAGAUGCCACCUGCAAUUGGAGGACCUGUGGGUUACACACCACCCGAGGGAGGCUGGGGAUGGGCUGUGGUUUUGGGAGCCUUUAUAUCCAUUGGCUUCUCUUAUGCCUUUGCCAAAUCAAUCACAGUGUUUUUUAAAGACAUAGAAGUAAUAUUUGGAGCAACAAGUAGUGAGGUCUCAUGGAUUUCUUCAAUUAUGCUGGCUAUGAUGUAUGCUGGAGGUCCCAUAAGCAGCGUGUUGGUGAACAAAUUUGGAAGCAGACCCAUCAUGAUUGCUGGUGGCAUUCUUGCAGGCAGUGGUUUAAUCGCAGCCUCGUUCUGUAAUACUGUGACUGAACUAUAUUUCUGUAUUGGUGUUGUUGGUGGAUUUGGUCUGGCUUUUAACUUGAACCCAGCACUAACAAUGAUUGGAAAAUACUUCUUCAAUAAGCGACCAAUAGCUAAUGGAAUUGCCAUGGCUGGAAGCCCUGUAUUUUUGUCAACACUUGCUCCUCUGAAUCAAUACUUGUAUAACAUCUUUGGAUGGCGUGGAAGCUUCUUGAUCUUGGGUGGGCUUCUGUUCAAUUGUUGUGUUGCAGGUUCCUUAAUGCGUCCCAUUGGACCAAAACCAGAGGACCCAAAGAAAAAAGUGACCAAGGAGGUUUUGGAAGAAGCUGGAAAAUGCGCCUCAAAAGAAGAUGGUGAUGUUAACAAAGAUCUGAUUGGUGGCAAAGCAAAAACAAAGCCAACCUUUUUUCAGACAAUCAACAAAUAUUUGGACUUUUCUCUUUUUACUCAUCGGGGAUUUUUGAUUUACCUUUCUGGCCACACUAUUAUGUUCUUUGGACUUUUUGCACCUCUAGUCUUUCUCAGCAAUUAUGCAAAAAGCAAGGGCAUUUCAAAUGAGUCUGCUGCCUUCUUGCUUUCGAUACUUGCAUUUGUAGAUAUGUUUGCAAGACCAUCCAUGGGCUUUGUAGCCAAUACCAAGUGGGUAAGACCCAGGAUGCAGUAUUUCUUUGCCGUUGCUGUCCUUUAUAAUGGUGUGUGCCACCUUCUGGCUCCAUUAUCAACAGAUUAUGUUGGCUUUGCUGUAUAUGCUGCCUUUUUUGGAUUUGCUUUUGGUUGGCUCAGCUCUGUCCUUUUUGAAACAUUGAUGGACUUGGUUGGUGCACACAGGUUUUCAAGUGCUGUUGGACUGGUAACCAUUGUAGAAUGUUGCCCUGUCCUCCUUGGACCACCCCUUUUAGGUAGACUUAAUGAUAUAUAUGGAGACUACAAGUACACCUACCAAGCUUGUGGAAUAGUGCUGAUCUGUGCAUCGAUCUACCUCUUCAUUGGAAUGACCAUCCACUACAGACUCCUUGCAAAAGAGAAAAAAGCUGAAGAGAAAAAGAGAAGCCAGGAGGCCAACGGUGGGGAAUCCGAACACAAAGACCAUAAAGAACUUGCAGUCCUUCCUCAGAGUUCAGAUGACGUAGUGAAGGAGGAGGAGAGCAACAUAUGAGACUGUGGCUUGGAUCGGUUGGACACUAUCAAGACAUGACACUGAUUCUGCACAAUAGUCUCAUUUUAGGAUAGAAUUUAUUUUUAAGCCUUAUUCAAAACCAUUUUUUUUUUUCCUAGCUGAUCUAUGGAAACCUUUCAUCAGACAAACUAAACGUUGCAAUCUUAAUUCUUCAGUUGGCUGGAACAGUAACUUGUGCCUUAAUGCUGUUGUUCACAAAUCCAUUUAACUUUUUUUCCCCUCCUUUCAAAGGGAACUUUCUUUUAACCCUUAGUUUUUGUUUUAUUUUUUAUAUAUUUCUUGACUAAUGUGGCCAUGCAGAAGCCACGUGCUAAGAGGUUUUAAUUUAACGGGAAUAGGUGGACAAAACUUAUAGCUCACCCACACGCAACGCUUGGAUUCUGUCUUCCGAGGACUACUUCCACUAGAUAAGAUGCUUCUACAAUACAUCAAACAUUGGAAAUCUUCAGGGCCUUGACUGGCAGGUUUCUGAAUGGAUCAUGGCAGAGAAUCUGAUCUCUCAUAAAAUAUUUUUGUAAUGCUUCUGUUUAUAGCUGUGUGGAUGUAUUGUUCCAGUAUUAAUGUCUGCAUUGCCAUAGAUGGCUGCAGCUCUUGUAGAAUCUUCCAGCCGCUGAAGAGGCAGUCAUGUUCUGUCCUCCCACUUGUCACCAUGAAGGAGUUCUAAACAUACCGUUUUAUUAAUGACUGGCCAUUUUACUUUUAAGUGUUAAAGCCAGUUCUGACAUUCUUAAAUUUUUUUUUUUUUUUUUUUUUUUACCAGCCCAUGCUACCCAUCACUCAAUUUUUUUAAAUCAUGUUAAAAAUCUGACCAGAAUGUUGCUUUCAUUAUGAGUGGACAGUGACGUGUGUUUUUGCUUAACGAUGUACUGGGCUGAUAGGAUGAAGUGUAAUUUUAAUUUAUAAGCUGUAUAGCUAUAGGAAACAAUUGCUUUUUGUCUUAUAAUCAAGGCAGCCUUUAGACAGGGUAUAUGUGCCUGUUAACACAAAACUGUACCUCCUUAAUGUUAGAAUGCAUGUACCGUCACAUUCAGGAAGUCUGUUCUCCUAAGCUAAACACUAGAAAGUUUUCUGUCUUUUUUUUUUUUUUUUUUUUGUAUAUUCUGAUAGGAGAACAGAUCUUGCAAAUACCAGUGUGCAUGCAGUCUAAUGUGGUCUGUUUUUCCGAGUGACUGAAUUUGUUGGUUUUGAAACCAUCAGCCCUAAUAUUUAGGGUGACUCCUAUUAAGAUAGAAGUUAAGAGCUAUUCUAGUGGCAAAUAAGGGUCAAGUUCCUCUAACUUUAUUUAUAAUUUAGUUGUUUCAACCUGUCCUCCACCCCAGUGUUUCCCUGCCAUAACAAUAAAUGAUAUGUAAACUAGUCCCUCUGCUUCUUCCAGGACCACACCCUGCCCAUGGGUUGUGCCUGGUAUUGCUUCUUUGCCUCAAUGAAGAUAAAGAUGUUGAUCUGUAAUGCCACAUCCAACCAUUGGACAAGUGUGGUGCUGUUUUUGAUAGAAAUCAGUCUGUCUAAUUAUGUACAGCGUUUUAAAGCUUUUGCUGAAAGUCUGAAAUUUCAGAUGUGUGCGUUGCCGACCCCCCCCCCCCCCCUCUUCCCCCAUAUUCUUCAUUUCAUGUCACAUUCUCAGGGCUCUGGAUGAGCUGUAGAGUUGCCUUAGCCUUAUAUGUGCUUGUCUGUGACCAUGAGUGUUGUCAUCACUUUGCUAAUAUCUGUGAGCUCCAUCAGACUGACACCUCUAAAGCAACUAUACAGUGUGAAGAUCAUGCAAAAUGGCUCCCGAUAUCUCCAGGACCAACGUUGGUGUGACAUUUUUAAUGAAGUCGGGCUCUGGAUGAAAACCAGCUUAAGGAGGACAUUACACUGGUCCUGACAUUACAAUGUUAGUACCUGGCAGUAUAGGUCCCGCAGUUUUUAGUGUUUUUUUUUUUGUUUUUUUUUUCAGAUACGCUGAUUCGUUGCCCCGCUGUGCCCCUCGUUCUCUUAUGCUGUCCUGUAUGCUAAUUAAUAGUACAGGGAGGAGGAGACAGUCAUGUUUCUUAAGGGGCGAGAGGAAAAAGGUGACUUCCCUUGAGAUACACGGCAAUCUUCUCCUCCUCUGUACAGAUGAGAACUGAGGGCACAGUGGGAGAACGAAGCAGCGUAUCUGGAAAAGAAAAUUAAAAUGGCACACUGACAUCUACUGUUCAGUCCCUACACACACUGCCAGGUACUAACAUUGUAAUGUCGGGACCAGUGAAAGGUCCUCUUUAAUUCCCUACCUCCUCCGAACCUGGCCUGCUGGCUUGUACUACUGCUACCUCCUAUCUUUUUUUUUUUUUUUUUUUUUUUUUUAGGCAAUCAGUUGUGUCUUGUAUAUUACUAGUAUUUAUAAAGUCACCCACAUAUUUAUACACGUCUCCGAGGAUCUGCUGCUCCAGGCAAUAUAGCAGCCGGUAAAAGUUCACAUGUGUCAACCAAUGCCAGAACAGCAGACCACUAUCAACAUUGAUAAAGUAUUCCACUUUUCGUUUUGGGCCCAUUAGAAGAUUGAUGUACUGUAUGUAACAUGUUUUUAAAUAAA